AUGUCCACGGCCGACAAUACAACCAACAAUUCAGGCGACAAUUCAGUCGACAGUUCAGCCGCUGCAGCCGCCGAAGAAGUUAAGAAGGGCCUCAAAGAGAAAUACACCGAAGCAAAUAAGCAACCCACCUAUUUCGUGUUGAAAUUGGGUCUCGGGUUGGAGGACGAGGACGCUUUGAGAACUGAGUUUGAGCGCAUAGAGAGUAUGCGUGGUGGAAUGCAUAUAGUGCAGCCAGUUAGAUUUGUCAACAAUCCUAUGAUGACAUUUGGCUUUCCAUCGCCAUGGCUUUUCAUGGAACACUUACCAAAUGGUACGAUUGGUGACUUCAUCUAUAGGGCAAAAGUUCUUAAAUGGCCUAGGAUGCGUACUGAUGACCAGUUGGAAUGCGAAGAGCCUAUUCCGGGUGAUCCAGGUCUACACUUCGCACACGGUGACCUUCAUGCUUGGAACGUCCUUUGUGCAGAUUUCGACGACUUCGGGGAGCACUCAAUUACACCACUCCUAAAGAUUAUUGAUUUCGGCAAUAGCUUUGAGACAGAAGAUAGCGAGUGGGAGCCUAUCAUGGUUAUGUUAAUUACGAUGGAUUUGACGUUUGCGGCUACACCCAAGUAUGACAAAACUGUUGACUUUCCUUAUUGCGGCCAACUUGCAAAGACUUGGGCUGCUCCAAUAAAUCCGGGUGAACCGUUCCAUCCCAUUAGGCCAUACCCAUGGCUUGAUGAGUGGCUGCAGACCAUGGUCUGCUUCUUGAUGGUGACCAAAGCCGAUGAUAUGCCAACUCUAACUACGAUGCUCAGCUGGGUAAAGUUUGCUGUAAGGGAAAGAACCGAACAAUGGUAUGACAACCCCCAGGAAAGCGACCUUUUUAUUAGGAAUUUCUGUCAGACGGUGAUGCUCACUCCAGGACGAGUGGAAUCCCCCAUGGGGAUGCCAACAGAAACCCCAACUCCAACAGAAAGUACAGCAACAGGAACUACGACAAGUAAUCCAAGCCCAGCUUAA